AUGCGCCCGGCUCUUCUUCGACUACUGAAGAGGCCGUCAGCUCUCUCGGUUCUCGACUCCCUGAUAUCGAUGCCAAUUGGGUUUGAACAAUUGGACGUUCGACGCACAGCUAAAUGUGUUCGAUGCUUAUCCAAGACUCACAAACAGGCGAGAAGUGCGCCAGCUGCGGAGCUGCAACAAACGCCUGCGAACGAUUCCUCUUUUCCAUCAACGAGGCGAGCAUUCAGCUUCCGCAUAUACGAAAUUAAUACGCCACACAAACAGGCCGCAGCUAAAAGUGGAAGCUCUGGCGACACGGCUCAAAGCUUCACCGGGAUAAGCUCUCGUAGCCUUGCGUUACAACCAGAGAGAUUGGAAUUUGAAUCGGACAUAGGACAUACGGAUGACAUCGGAACCCGAUUAAUAGACGACCCGGUGCAUCGGAACGAUUUCGCUCUCUGGGAGGAGUUACUCCGCUACCGGCAACGUCAUUAUGGUGAUAAAGGCACGUUGGAUAUUUGGGAGGGCUUGACGAGCCGCGUUGAUGGUGUGCAACUGCCCGUUGAAGGAGAAGUCGCUGAUUUCUUUUGGCAAAGCUUUGUGGAAGCUGGCAUACGGCACGGUGUCAUUCUGAACGAAAUCGCUAAUUAUGCGCUGGCGCUUUGGAAUACAACGGGGAAGCGCUGGGAGGGUUUCUAUGAGGCUGUCGUUGGUGGCUUUAUUGACCGUGGCAUGACGCAGCAGGCUGUUGAAUGGCACAAACGCCUUCAUCAUCCUCAUUUGACACGCCCGAACGAUAUUUUACAUGUCUUCCGGCCGACCGUUCCUGCUCGACAGCAACAUAGAAUUACUGGAGCGAUAAAGACCAGGGGGCGGGCUGCUUCAUCAAGCUUAUGGGCCUUCCGUAGCAUCUGCCGUAUGACUCCAGGCCACCAGAUCUAUGCUCCCAUCAUGUCUACCCUGUUGCGCUGUGGCCGUCUUGACGAUGCGCUCUCAAUGCACAGACUCCUCAUUCAAGAAAAUGACCAUCCACAUUCCUUCGACGAAUUCGAGCCAGUACUAGAGAGCGCCAAACAGUACGGGCCGUGGUCGUCCUACCAAGAGCUCCACCGCUAUGCCUCCCAACGAUUCCCUGAAAAGCUAAACGAAACCGAUGAUCCUGACACAGUUGCUGCAGAAACUCAAGGAAAGGUUGCGCAUGAAGAGAGACCAAUAAAGGAUGAAUUCGGCGCCCGAAUUUUUGCUACGGAGGCUCUUAACUUCGAUACAAUCCUUUCUGGCUUGAAAAUGUUUGGCGUGCCAGCUCUUGGACCGCAAUCUCUACGAGAGAUGGCGCUCAGAGCUCGGGGGAGCCAAGAUAUACUGAGUAAGCUCCGAAAGCUCGAACGAGCAGGCAUCUCGCUGGGGAACUCUGUCUUCGUGCGUCUUCUUCGCAAGCUCGCCACGGAGAACCGCGACAUACUCUUAUCGGACUUGCUCCACAGCGAUGAGCAUCCCGACGUCCUUGAGGAUGCGCGCAUACAAGAGUCUCUACUUCUAUCUUACUAUCUUAGUAAGGAUUGGCGUCAUUAUCAUAUGACCCUGGCAAUCUUAAGUGAACUAUCCAACGAAGGGCCGGCUCUGUUCAACAUUCAUUUCAGAAAACAUCUUGCAGCUGGCGAGUGGACUCUGGCCUCCAAGCUGGUUGAUGAAAUGGCACUGCGCAGUCAAAGCCUCACCAAAGAAAGCAUUGACUUCAUGGUUGAAAAGGUCCUGACUCCUCGCAGGCCCGGUGUCAGCCCAAUCAAGGGUCAGCGUCGCUCAGAAGUCGUGGAAGUAACCUUUCUCUUCCGUGUCUUACGACGCAUCGUUCCUGUGGGUGCUUCUGUGUCUCCUGACCUUUGGGUCGAGAUGAUCAAGCGAUUCGGCAUGAUGAAUUGUUGGGAUGAGCUUCGAACAUGUUGUCUCUGGCUGGCCCGUUAUUAUUCUUCUAAGCCCCAACAAGACCACGCUCCUCUCCAGAUCAUAUCGCUAUCGACUGUACAGCAAUCGUCUCAUGCUAUCUCACCGGACCAACAGCGCAAUUCCAUCCUCGGGGCUAUAUUCAGCAAACAGACGCAAGCCGCUCUUGUCUAUUGGGGGUUCCGGAUGCGUGUUUCCUCCAAACGAGACGACUAUAAUCCUUUCCACACGGAUGAUGAGAACUUUGUUCCUUGGGUGCGUGGUCUUGUUCUCCUUCGCGAGCUUGGACAGAACGGUGUGCAGCUUUGGACGAGAUGGAUCAGACGGGCUUGCCGGCACCGGCUUGCGGUGCUAUACGGACGACCUCGCCGCUCCAGUCGUCACAUGAGUCGCAUGUUGCGACGGGAAAACCCAUAUAGUGUGGAGCGAGUCCUGGGAGAUAUUGACCGUGCGUGGGGACAGCCCCUCCUGCUCCAAGGUUGGGAGCCCAGGGAUGUGUAUCGGCUGGUUAACCCACCCAGCUCGAAGAUGUCUCAACGUCGAACACGUCGAACCUUCUUGAGGGAAAAGAGCCUGCGAGGGGCAGCCUUUCCCAGCACAAGACACACCGCUCACGUGAAGAAACCGGGGCAACGCGGCCACACAACAAACGAGACAAACAUGGGCGGGCUUCGCCACGCGCAGAUGGCGUGGCCCGUCAGCAAAUGCGAAACAGGAGCAGUCAUGACCGACCCUUGUUCCUAA